AUGUCUCGCCAGCAGCGCGCUCGCCAGCACAGGGUGCCGCCAGAGCUGGCGCCCCUGGUUGCCGUGGCGGAGUUGGGCAGGGAGCCGCGAGACCUCGAUGCACUGUGCCGCCUAGAUUGUGAUAAUGUGAACGAUGCAAUGGCGGUGCUGAGAAGGGGCAGCGAGGAGCCAAGCCCGGAGGUUGUCAGCAUACUGCAGCGCAUCGCGGCCUUCGUGGCGGCGCACAACGGCCCAGUACCAGAGGAUGAUGGCAGCCGCCAGUGGGCGCAGACGCUGGCGGCGCGCCUUCGAGCCACCAGCCGGCUGGUGUCGAUUGCCGGCGAGCUGGGCCUGCUGGCGCAGCGCCAGCCGGGGUGGCCCCUUGCGCUGCGCUACCGGCUGAUGGCGGCAGCCGCCUUCUGCAUCGACGGGGCGCCUCGUGUCAUGCUGGCUGCCUGGAGCAGUCAGCGCUCAUCCGCCACGCAGCAGACGGAUGCAGCGCAGCAGGCUGGGCUAGUGCUUCCGGCGAUCCUGGACACCCUGAACAUCUUCGUGCAGGAGAUGGAGAAGAUCGCGCCAUCACCCGAACCACACUCUGCCGCGCAUGUUGAGUACGAGAAGCUUGGCAGGCUCCUUCAGAGCACCUCGGCAAGCGACGCCAAAGUCGGGGCAUGCCUGAGCUUUGUUGUGCUCGUCGCCCCUGGCAUGUAUGCCUUAGUUGAGCGCUCGUGGAGCCCCUCCGUGCUGGAGCCGCUGAAACAGCUGCUCACCAGCCGCGCCUGGCAAGGCCACGACCCAUACAUCACCCGCAUUCUGGACCAGCAGCCAAUGCUUGGGAUUGGCCUGCUGCGGCUGGUGGUGACGGUGAUGAAGCUGGGGGCCGCGCUGCUGCUGGCGCUGCACGACCUCUCACGUGAUGCCGACUCGGCAGUGGUGGCCCUGGCACGUCAAUUGCAAGAGGCAGAGCCUGGGCCCGCCUGGGGGCUUGCGGCAGCCAUCGCGUUCUCUCCGGCGCUAAAGAACACGUGGCGGGCUGCGGCUGCUGCGGUGGAGCUUGGCCCUGAGGCACCGCUGGCGGCUGAAAGCUGCAGCUUGCAGCAGAGCAUUGCAGCAGUGGUGAAGCAGCUCCAGUCGCAACUGGGUGUUCAUGGGCCGGGCCCAGAAGGCAUUGCUGCAGGCGAGGCAGCAGCAGCAGCGUCAGCCUCGCCCAUCACGAUUGCAGGCUUCGGUGGCGCGCUGGGAGACACGCUGCAGCAUGUUGUGAGCAGCCGGGCAACUACCGCAGACAAGCAAGACUGGCUGUGGAUCCUGGCUGGGGCGGUCUCUGAUGCCAUACGGUCAUGCGUGGAGCAGACGGCGCCAUCCCGCACCCCAGGCAGCACGGGCAGUCCUGCGCAGCCACUGGAGACUGCCUGGCUGCUGCAGCAAGUGCAGCGGGUGGCGGCAGCCUUCACUGCUCAUUUGCCAGAACCAAUGGAUGCUCCCGAUGGCGAGCUGUCGGGGCUGGCUGCUUUUCGGACCUUCUGCAGCAAAGUGUUGCCAGCGGUAGCGGCUUGGCUGCCACGGGAGGCUGCUGCAGGCGCAGAUGGUAGCCUGAUGGUGGUGGCACUCAGCACCAUGAUGGAGGCUGUCGCUCGGGGCCUGGCGGCCACCUGGCAGCGGCCUGCACCAGACGGGUGGCCGCGGCGGCAGCAGGGAAGAGGGGACGGGACGAUCUGCGAUCGGCCGCGCUGUGAUGAGGCUGAUUAUGACUUGGUGUAUGCCGCCAGGGCGCUGUGCACCCUGCAAGCUGCAGCGGGUGUGCUGGGCAUAGGAGGGUACAGCCCUGAAGGGCUGCCUGAGCAGCAGCAGGAUGAGAUGCAGCAGCAGGACCGGCAUGCGCGCCGCAGCCUGCUGCUGUGCCUGCGCAGCACCUGCAAACUGGUUCAGUGCGCAGCGGCAUCGGCAGCUUCGGAGGCGCAUGGAGGCACUGCUGUGAAAAUGCGGCUUAUGGAGGGAGGCCUCAGCGCGGCGCAGCAGCUGGUGGGCACCGCCCUGGUUGCCCUUGCCACCGCCGAUGCCAUGGAGGCAGCACUGGAGCAGCUGGAGGCCCAGAAGCAAGCCCCAGCAGGCAGCAGUAGUGCCAGCCCACGCAGCGAAGUUCUGCGACAGACUCCCAGCCGCAUGAAGAUGCUUCUGGAGAGUGCAGGCAUUCGCGCCUGGGUGCUAGUUGCUUGCCCAGCGCUGCGGGGGCUGCCGCACGGGCGAGCGUCAGUGGCGGCGCUUCUGGAUGCGGUGCCAGAGCUGAUGAAGUGUGCGGUAGUGUUUGAGCCGGCGUUGGGCGGCAUUGUGGAGAUGGUUGACACAAGUCUUGUGAAGGAGCUGUGCCGUCGCCGCCUGCUGUCGACUGUCUGCGACAUGGCAGAUCGAUCUGGGGUUGCAGCGCAGGCUGCUGCGGCCGCAGGCAACCUGCUGUUACGGACGAUUGCGCAGGCACCGCAGCUGUUGGAUGUCUCCAUCCCGUCAGAGGAUGAACUGCAAGACAUGAACCUGGCUAUGAUUCAAGCCAGGUCUGGCAGCCGGGAGCAGGAUGGCGAGGGCUCCAGCAUCUGGCAGCAGCUAGGGCAGCGCAUGGCAGCGCCGCUGGAGGAGGCAGUGAUGGCGUUGGAUGCAGUGGAGGCACAGGCAGCCGCUGCAGCGGCGGCUGCAACAGAUGGCGACGCCGCGGAGGCCGCGGAGCAGCAGCAACGGGAGCGGCAGCAGGUGGCUCGUGCGCUGGGCGCGCUGCAGUGUGCACACGUGGGCUGCACCACCGUCAGCGGCACCAGCGAGGCUGAGAUUCGGGGCAAACGCUGCGGCGGCUGUGGGGCGGUCAGAUACUGCGGUACGGCCUGCUCACGGGCGGACUGGCGGGCUCACAAGGCGGUGUGCAAGGUGCUCCAAGCCGAGGCAGCGGCGGCGGCAGCCGCCGCCGAGGCACAGCCAUAA